UCUGAGACGCCACACCGUCAUUCCAAUUUCGCUGCAUUCGCUUGAAAAACUUCAUUCUCAUGAUGCAAGUCGCUGUCCUGCUAGAAUGCGCAUGCAUGAUCGCUGUGCCGGUGGCCAGCCAGGAGCUUAUCGAAGAUAAUCCAAGCCUUGAACAUUACCAAGACGAAGAAGACUGCUUUCCGUUCAACGGGACCUGGUACACAGUGUACCGCAACUUCGAAAAUGACCCUUAUCUCGGAGGGAACGCCACCUGCAUUAGGACUACCGAAACAGGCGCUUAUGCUGGUGGAUCUACAACGGCGACUGUUCAGUACUCGCCCAAUGUGUCUCUGAACGUGAAGCUCACACUCGCUUCAUCUUCUGGAUAUUCUGUGCUCAAUGUCAUUCAAGUACAGAGUGCUGAUGAUCCUAGCGUGAACUUCAAUCUCACGAAUGCAUACAGAGAUUGCCAGAAGUGUAAAGUGUUCCGCCACAGCUACAUCAAUGAAGGACAAGGGUGCAGCUUGUGGAAGCCGGAGAGUCAGCUUGGAACGAUCGACACCUGUUGCGAUUUCGUCUUCGAUUUGCUGUGUGGCACUUCAAACAAGUACCAGAUCUACACUGCAGCGUGCAGCGAUUUCGCGUGAAACCAGCAGCGCGUCCACACGACGAGCACACAAGGUUGCUGAAUUCUAUAUACAGGGCUGAAAUAAAGCCUGCUGCAAAUGAUUUUGAAGUGUA